AUGUUCAGCGCAAAGAUCGCCGCUGCCACUGGCUUCCUCGCCGUCGCCAACUGCCACAUGCUUCUCGUCAACCCCAAGCCUUUCGACUUUACCACGGCAACUAACGCAGAUGGCUAUGGCCGUCCUUUGGACGCAGCGGGCUCUGACUUCCCCUGUCGUCGUAUUAACGAAGCUUACACCGGCCCUACCAACUCGUAUCCCCAGGGAUCAAAUCAGACACUGCAACUACAGGGUUCAGCCGUCCAUGGUGGAGGAUCAUGCCAAAUUUCAAUCACAUACGAUACCGAACCCACCAAGAACAGUGUCUUCAAAGUCAUCCAUACCAUCCAGGGUGGUUGUCCUGCCCGCAACACCGAGGGCAACAUGGUCGGUACUGCCGAGACUCCUGACCCUUUUACAUACGACUUCACGAUUCCGUCCGACAUUCCCACCGGAAAGGGUACUAUUGCAUGGAGCUGGCUCAACCGCAUUGGCAACAGAGAAUACUACAUGGAGUGUGGCGCUGUCGAGAUUACUGGCUCUGGCGGUGACAAGAGCAACUUCGACAAGCUACCCGACCUCUUCGUCGCCAACAUCGCCAGCGAGAACAAUUGUAACACUCAGAACGGCGCAGGAAAGGAUGCUUGGAUUCCUCAGCCUGGUGACUCUGUCGAGGUCAACAAAGGUACUGACUGGCAAUUUUUCGGCGAAUUUGUCUGCACGAGCGUAACCCCUGGUGAUACUGGAUCUGGAUCUGGUGGCGGUUCGAGUGCCACUGCUGCCCCCACAAGUGUCGCCACGUCAAUAGCAACAUCCGUUCCUGGUGGCGUUUUCCUCACCAAGACGACUGCCGCUGCGUCUUCAGUUAUAGCAACGACCACAGCAGCUCAAGCCACGAGCGUGGCUACUUCACCUGCCGCCACCGCAUCGGCCGGAAGCGGAUCGGGAUCGGGCUCGCAAAGUGGACAGCUGACAGGGGCCUGCUCGACCGAGGGCGCGUGGAACUGCGUCAAUGGGUCUUCUUUCCAACAAUGUGCUUCCGGCCAGUGGUCUGUUGUCAUGUCGAUGGCUGCCGGUACCACUUGUACCGCGGGACAGUCAUCAGAACUCAAGAUCGCAGCGGGCCGCAAGAUGCGAUCCUUCAAGGCAUAA